GUGGAAUAUAACGGGCGGUCGUGCUGAGACAGUUAUAUUCAGUUGAUGAACUCCGGGAGAGAAGACUUGCUGCGAGUUUUACGAAGUGAAGAUCGUGUGCUGCUCGGGGAAGUAUCAAGGAGCGUAGAAACAAGUGUUUGGAAAGCUGUCAUCGUUUAAUGAAAGCAGUGCUGGAUGGUUUUUAUAGAAGUUGAGGACAUUCUUUCCAGAUGAGAAAUGGUGCACUCACUUUGGCAAACUCAGCAGCUUAAAGUUUGACGCGGUUUGAAGAGAGGAGCGAAUCAUAUCAGAUAUCGCAAUUUUAAGCACACUUUUUUUAUCUGGAAAGUUACCCCUUUCAAGUGUGAGAACAUGACUAUGGUAAUAGAACUGACAGAAUUCGAGCAUUUGGAUUGAGGUUGCUGAAAAUAUCAGCCAGAAACAUGUCCACGGCGCUUCUAGAGGCAUCGUUUGCGGGUCAGUUCAACCAGUCGCACCCUUCAAAACUCCCCAUGGACAUCCGGGGACGAACUGCAACCAAAGAGACGAACCCGAAGAAGAGGAAAGAGAGGCGAGAUGCCGGGGACCUGGUGGCCAAGAAACGGCUGGAGAACAUCCGAAAGCAUAGUGCCCACACCCGGCACCGGAACGGCAUCAUCAACGCAGCUGAGAAGAACCGGCUGAUCAACACCGAGAAGCAGAUGGACCGGUUGCAGAGGCGGGCUACAGCCAACAUCUCCCGGUACCAGCAUCAGUUGAGGCAGGAGCUGUACGAGAUGGAGGCGUCCCGGCGCGCCCUGCGCCACCACUCCGUCAACGAAGUGUCCAGUGUGACCCACACGGACAUGAAGGGACUGGCGAAGUUUGCUGCCCGCGGAAGGUAUCUGUAUUCAGUCCGGAACGAGACGCGGUCGCAGAAGGAGGAGAUGGUGUCUUACAACGGCCGACUAGAGCAGGCAGCUAAGAUGCUCAAGCCAGCCCGGAGACAGAGUGUGGUUGCUCUGGACAACGGGAGGAACAUGGGUUCCAAUCCGCCUGAUGCGUACCACGACGUCGGUAGCAGGAUCAGUAUGGCCAGGCUGGACUACAUGAUCGAGGAAGAUUCGGGAGACGAAAGCCUGGCUGAUGAAACGGAACCGGCCACAGCUCCACAAGAGCAGAAACCUCUUGAGCAAAACACCUCAUCUCCACCGCCUUUCGAUAUGGUGAAGUUCCGCUCAGAACUUGGCCCGGAGCUUCAAAAAGAACUCGACAAUCUUGAAAUAGACGACGGCCGAGGUGUGUGCCUCGUUCCGAUUCACCCAAGCCCGAGCCAGGAGGUGCGUCCAAUAGAGACUAACCAUGCAGCCGAUGUGAAGAAAUCUUCACCAAAGCCACCGGCCAAACUGAAGCUGCCGCCGGUGCAGGUCAACCGACAUUUCGUCUUGAAGAAAUCGUCCAGCAAGCAGCUGCUCGCGUCAGUAGCAAAACCAAGACUGAGUACAGUGUCCGAGAACCAAUGACUCAAAUGAAUGGAAAAAGGAAAUACUCUCAGCAUUGUCUAUUUUGCAUGCAAGUCAACCCAAACUGUAGCCAUGCAUUGUUUUCUACUGAAAGCAGUUACAAUUGCACUUUAUAGUUUGAGGUUUAUUUGGAGGAUAAAGAUGGAGCAUUGAGUAUUCACAAAGUUCCAAAUAAUUAUUUAUUUAACUUGAACAAUAAUCAUAGAUGACGAUCAAGAUUUAUUUUUAAAAAGAUUUUAAAAUGUAUUAGUAAAGUUAUCGUCCUAAAACGUUAUUAUAGAGAAUAUUACAGAGUAAAAUAUAUUGUAGACUAAGAGAAAAAGGAAACCAAAAUGAAACCAAUUCACAUAGGAAUGUAUGUGAAUCGUGUUCGUUUUGCUAAAAGAACACUUAAGCUUUUUUGUGAUCCGUGGACAGAACUUUGA